AUGUUUGACACUUAUCCACCUCGAGAAUGUCCACAUCUAGAGGGCCGAAUCAUGAUGCUGCCCAAGAGGGUGGAGGUUGAGGCGAGGAUAACAACUACCGUGCCUAUCACAAGCGGCAUUUUCAACCAUCCAGUUGUUAUCCUCUCAAAGGAGAUAUAUCAUGGAAAAGUGGCUGUUUGUGUUGUCGGUCUCCGCAUUUCCGUCGUUACAGCUUGCGUGACGAGUUUUGACGAUACCCCAAUCGAGAAUCGUCAUCCAGAUCCCAUCCGACGGCAAUCUUACCUCCCAAUACGUCCAGCAAGACACCCAGACACCCGCAGCGAUCUCAUCGCUGCACACGGAAAGACGAUGAAAAAGCGGUCCUAUGUUAAUAUCAGGGAUGUUCACGAAAUUCCGUUUGUAGCACUUCGCUCCUGUUGGCGCGACAAUGAUCUCCACUUGGAGACAUCUUCCUACCAGAUGCUUACUUCAGAAUUGUGGAAGCAGAAUCUCGGGGGACUGGCCGCUAGACUGAAAGGCCACGGCAUAUUCGAGCGGGUAGCCCAGUCGACUUACAGCGAGCUUCCUGUGCCUGUCCGUAUUUCCCAUCCAGGUCAAGAGCUCACCCAAGACCUCGGUCGUGGUACGAAUUUUGCCAGGACAUCUAGUUCCCCUCUGUCAGUAUCUUAUGGAACAUUCAUCCAAAGCUCGGCGGCGUCAGUUCCCCAAUCGUAUGCUACGGUCUCUACCACUUCAAACGCCGCGAGAGACUAUCACUAUCCAAGCAGGGUACAUCAAUUCCGGCCAUCUGUGCUAGCGGGGCACGGCGAUGCUCCAUCACAGCAAAUCUAUUCAAGAACGGAGCAGCGGCGUUAUGGUGGGGACCAUCCGGAAACAGGUUGCCCACAUUGGUUCGGACUCGUAGCCAUCAUAUGUUUCCUGGUAGCUGCUUGCCACUGGCUUGCCAAUGCGACUGUGGAUUGA